CCUUCCUCCACAUCCCGCAGCUGUACUGCACGUUUACCGACUUGCAUUGGUCUUUCGGACUUACAUCACUCUUUCGUUAACAAAUCACUCAUUUUUCGGGCGUUUUUCUCGCAUCUCUACGGGCUGGACCUUAUUAUGCGCCGCCCCCCUCAUCGACUUGUACAGCUGUGACCUAUGUGUAUUUAAAUGAUGGAUCUCUCACGGCAGGAGUAUCCAGCUUUGCUGGCCUCUUUGCAGCCAGGCCAAGCUACCGGUGUUCUCAACGACCGCAUUCGCCUCAUCAACAAGAUCAAUGCCGACAUCGCGGAUUGGUUGCAGGAGCGACGCCGCGUCGAAGAAGCAUACGCCCAAGGGUUACGGAAACUUGCGACGCGCCAGCAACUGGAUAAUGGAGCGGCACUAGGAAUAUUCCAGAUACCAUGGCAACGCAUCGUCAAUGCCACGGAAAUGGUGGCCUCGUCGCAUGAAACCUUCGCACAGAAGAUCGAGGAAGAUGUGGAACGCCCUCUAAGGGAUUACCACACCAAGAACCGCGAAUUGGCAUCUUUGCCUGGGGUCCAGAGCGAUCUUGCAACUCUUGCGAAGAACUUGGAAGCAUCGCUCAAAAAGGUGGAGAAAGCCAGAGAGAAAGGCCCGAAGGGUGCAGACAAGCUGGCUGGCGCGGUUGCUGCCUCUGAAGGAGUUAGGCAGGAAUGGGAGUCCAGGGCACCUUUCGCUUUUGAACAGCUUCAAGCAGCUGACGAGAGUCGACUCAACCAUCUGCGAGACGCGCUCACCCAGCUGGAAACUCACGAGUCGGAUCAGGUUGAGCGUUGCCGUCAAGCGGCAGAAACUUGUUUAAAUGUACUUCUCAAUGUGGAGACCGCAGACGAAAUCAAAACAUUUGCUGAAAAGGUCAAUGGGGGAAGGCCGGUUAUAUUGAGGCAACAGACCUCUCCUACCCCUGCAGCAGCACCUUCUGGACCACCGCCACGCCUUCAUGAUGACACUGCUAGUCAACGCUCAGAGACUUCUGGCCCUGUCAGAACACCACCUGCACCUGAGCCCCAACCCCGCCAUAGCACACCCCUUGGCGGACUCAAGCGAUUAGGUACCGUCAUGAAUAGAAGGAAGAGCAUAAUACAACCCUCAGGAGGGGCUGCGUUCUUUUCGGAUAAGAAACACCGCAGCCCUUUUGCGUCUUUCAAACGGGGAGAUUCUCGAGACAUGCAAAUCCCCGAGUCACUACCGGAUGAGGAACGCCCGGGUACUGCAUUGACUACUCAGGAAAACCACAAUGAAGCUACACGCAUCCCCAGCGAAACCAAUGAUCAUGAAGGCCACGGUACGAUGGCCUCCAUCCCGGCCGCUCAGUCAGUACCAACAACUGCGAACGGGACAACAGCCCCAGAGCCCCCUGCUGAGACAGGUUUUGCUAUCAGUGACUCAAACCAGCCACGGGUCGACUCCGAAGGAUUCUCGGAACCACCUCAGACUAUUGAUGAGAUCACUCGUGCACAGAGAGAAGCAGCUGGUAUGGAGGAAGCUGGCAUCAAUCUAACAAUUCGGGAUCAGCCUAUAUUCGAAGAUGAAGAUCAAGCUAAGCAAGCAAUGGACGAUAUGGCUAAUCAGUUGAGACUGCGAGCCCAGCAAAGCGGUGUGAGACGCAAUGUAGGGACCUUGCGCGGCCGGCGUGACGUCCGUAACACAGUGUUCAUUCCUAAUCCACCGCAAGGUAGUGAUGUCCCCACUCUGCCAUCUGGGUCUGACGUCUCUAUGCCGGUUUCUCCGGGUCUCCCAUCAAAGCAUGCGGCUUCUCCCAGCAUUGCAACAGAAGAUCAUGCUCUGUCGGAUACAACCUCGGUUCGCUCGGGGCACACUUUGCACGGUAGCUCAGGUGCAGUUGCACACCCUGAUCUCCACGAACCAGGUCUGAACGCGUCUAUCAUUGAAACGGUUAAUGCAUGGUUAUCCGACGGUGUUGUAACCAAGUCAUCCGUCAUUGGAGAGCUUGCAUUAGCAUACAACGGAACCCCCGAGGCGAACACCACAGUUCGUUUAGAAAAUUUCCAGGUGCUGGAGAAGGUAGCUGCAAAUCCUCAUUUCGUGAAUGAAGAGAAAGAUAAGGAUUUAUCCGAUGAAAAGAGAGGACAGUACAGCAUACAUAUACCCACAAUUGCUCGUCCCUCACCGACAGUGGCUUUCAAGUACCAACUUCAUGUUGACCCAUCCGACUCUUCCGCCUACUGUCCGGUUAUUUUCAAACCUGUAUGGAACAUUGAGGAACAUCAGGCUAGUGUCAUCAUCUUCUAUUCCUUGAAUCCGUCGUUCACAUCUUCCUCACCGAGAGAAUCAAUCACCCUUAAGAACCUGGUUCUGACGGUGAACCUGGAUACAUCUCCUGAGGAAGGGCGAGAAGUGGCCCAUGCUACGAGUGCCGUGAUGUAUCCUAAUACGGGGGCGUCCUUCCGUCGCAAGCACUCGGCAGUGACCUGGAAGAUGCCUGAGUUCGAAAUUAAAACCGGAUCUGACGGCAAGCUGCUGGUUCGAUUCUCAACGGCAACUAGUUGGCCAAGAAAAGGGAAGGUCGACGCAAAAUUCGAGGUCCACACUCCUGAUGCUGGCUCGCGACUGGGAAUCAGUGCCGCGUUACCAACAGAGGAGAGUACGCCAAAAGGAUCUGAUCCUUUUGCGGACGAAGACUCCGGUGCACAUGACGAUACUCAACCCUCCCUAACAUGGAAAGAGGUUCCUACUACUCGCAAGCUGGUUGGAGGCAAAUAUGUCUCAUCCUAGCAGACUGUUGUGCUACCUUAGAACCGAUGGUCCUUAAUCAGGACCUCAGUGUCACGAGAACAGCACCUUCCUUUGCACUUUCUACGAACAAAUUAUGAUCGCAACCCGCCGGACCGUUCCAGUUUCAAGAUACCACCGUAACUGUCUUUGUCGGAUUUCUUUGGAAUAGUACGCCUUCCAAAAGUUUGUCUGCUGACACUACCUGCCGCCAUAUUAGCACAUAAUUUACUCCCACGACUUUGUAUGUUACUCUCGUUCUACCAAUCUUUCUCUUCCUUUCUCUUGACUAUUUUCCUUUCUCCUUUUGUGCGAGGUAUAUAUCUAUCGUCUCUUCGGUCCUUUGAUUUCUUUACGUUCGUUUUCUUCGUUUCUUUCCCUCUAUUGCUCCCCUGUGUCGCAGUAAUCUUUGUGUGUAUAGCCACCCUCCGGACAGGUAGGCAUGGCAUUUCGCCUGUAAAUAGGUUCUCACCGUGGGAUAGCCGGCGCAUAUUAAUGCCCCAAAUACCAGCAACGUAUGUAUUUAGCAGUGACGCUUUUCAGACGAUUUAGGUAUCAAGGCAGCAAUGCCGUCGUUAAUGACCGUUUCUCUAAACCAAAGAUGAUACUGUAUUU